AUGGCCCAGGUAGUCUUACAACGGGCUUGCGAUCGCUUCCGUAAUGAAUUAUCAUCGGAAGAUGCUAACUUGAUCAUCACGACACGCAGAUUUGAUGAGGUCAAGAAUGCAGUUCUACAGGUCGAACAACAACUCGCUGCUAGACAAGAACUCCGAAACUUUGACCGUCUGGCCCCUUUCCUUGAUACGAUAGAGACGUACUCCAAGGCGCUCGAGGUAGCCUGCAAUGGCACGCCGUAUCUUCCCUGGAUAUGGGCCCCCAUCAAGUUGAUCAUUCAGGCUGUUCACGAGUCUGUGCAUGCUCUAGAUAAGAUUCUGGUGGCAUAUGGCAACAUCGCCACCAGCAUGCCUCGGCUCUCUCGUUUCGCCGGAUCAUUCCCCAAUGAUGAACAAUUUCAGCAGCUGAUAGCAUUUCUAUUUGAGGACAUCAUCGAGUUUCAUCGGAAAGCCUAUGCACUGAUAAGAAUGCCAGGUUGGAAAUUCUUCUUCUCUUCUGCAUGGGGUCGUUUCGAGCACCGUUUCAGCGGCCUACUUGAACGAAUGGCACGAAUAGGCGACCUGAUCGAGCGUGAAGCGGUUGCGCUGGACAUUUUCCAUGCUGCUGAGUGGAGGAAAACAGAAGGUGAAAAUGCAUAUAAACGUGAACGCCAGAGGCACGCAGAACAACGUCAAGCUGUAUUGGAUUGGCUUACGCCUAAUGAUAUUGAAGAGGCGAAGCUCGAUGUGCUAAACGGCCGCUGUUAUGAAGGGACAUCAUCUUGGAUCACACAAAAUCACAAAUUCAGAACAUGGUUACAGCGAGGGCGUGGCAACUCCGUGUUAUGGCUACAUGGGAAACCUGGCUCAGGGAAAUCAGUAAUUAGCUCGCAAGUCAUACGUUUUCUACGUAUCAAUCAACGUCCGGUGUGCUUCUUCAUUUGCGAUUACCAUACGCCUGGAGAGAGCGCCAUUACUCAAAUUCUCAGAACUAUAUGCGCACAGAUCGUAAGGUCAUCUGAAUACUGCGUGCCAUAUCUUUAUGAGGAGUUCUUGAGCCAGGCAAAAAUCCUUUCGGUCAAUGUUCUUAAAAGCCUGCUUCCACAGUUAAUCCAACAUUUUGACGACUUACGUAUUAUUAUCGAUGGAAUAGACGAGCUUUCUACAUCAGUUCACCGACCUCUAAUCAAAGAACUACUGUUUCUCACUGGACACCGCCAGGAAAAAUGUAGAUUAUUGAUUGUCAGUCAAGAUCUGCCCAGUAUAAGUUCGGAGCUGUCUAGAAUACCUCGACUGUCUCUGAACGAGGAGAGGAGUUCUAUUGAGAAGGAUCUUUCGUUAAUAGUCCAAGCCAGACUUCAGGAAAUCGAUGACACGUAUCAAGGAGCCUUAGGAGUUGAUACCAUUCUUUCUAUCAAGAAUGACAUCCUAGCUAAAGCCGAAGGGAUGUUCCUUUGGGUUCAUUUGAUUCUAGAGCUUUUGAGCACUGCUUCAAAUCUGAGCGAGCUUCGAAUGCAAAUCGACAACUUGCCGGCAGACCUAGCCGAGGCAUACAAGAAGAUUCUGCACAACAUUAGUAAUAGAUGUUCGUCUAACGAUUUCUCCAAGAUAAAGCGGAUCUUUUCUUGGAUCAUGUACCGUAAAGGACGACAUCCAUUGCGUAAAUGUCAACUACGGGUCGCAAUGAUUCUCAACUCUGACUGCCAGAUCAUGACUCGAGAAACCAGACCCUUCCCAAACGCUACUGACAUCUGUAAACCCUUUGUCGAGGAUGGCCCAGGCGGAUCUUUAAUAUUUGUACAUUCAUCCGUCCCACAAUUCCUUCUUGAUCAGAGCAGCGGCCCAUUCAUGCAGGCUCCAGAAUCACAUCUCUCACUAGCCUCAGCUUGCUUAAGCCAAAUAACCCAAUCACUUGAAAUUCUAUGCCCAGAUAAUCGGAACCCCUCGCCAGCUCGGUAUGCUGCCACCGUUGGUGGUUUCUAUGCGCUCCUGCCGUACGCAUCCAUGUACUGGAUGGACCACGUACUAGAUUGUUUGGAUGGUGCCCAAUUCGAUGAGAUCUUGGAUCAAAUUAAACGACUGUGCCAGAAAUUACGACAGUUCACAUCUCUCAGCUCCCAUUCGAACGAGAUUCUGGAGGCGACAGAUGAUCUCGACCCUCGUUUAACUACAAUAAUUUCCAGAGAAGAGGCCGCACUUAUUCGACAAUCCUGGCCUAUGAAGCAACAAGAAGCCUUGACUUCAGAUCAACACUCCCAGCCCCAGCAUCUCCACGAGGCCGUAAAGCACUAUCACGAAACUGUUCAUUUCUUGAUGAGCCAAGGACAAGUUCAUGGCAUCUUGCAGCAAGAACUGCUAGGAUUCAAAGAAGAAUUUGGGCCAACAGCAUUUGUUUGCAACCAUCACGGGUGUGAGCGUGUGGCCGUUGGGUUUUCUUCGAAGGCUGAACUCGCAGACCACCAAGCACACCACAAUGGCGAUCUGAAAUGCUCUGUUCAUGGCUGUGCUUAUAAUGAUGUUGGUUUCAGAACUACCAAGGACCUUCAAGCUCAUCGAAGGAAACGCCAUGGAGCCGCGUUGACCAAGCGUGUGCCAAAGAGGUUUCGAGAAGCUGAUCCAGCACCAAUAUUGAUACCCGAUGAUGUCGCUAAGUCUCCCAUAGAAGAUAUCAAUGCAGUUGCUAGUGGAAACAAUUUUUAUAAGGAGACACCUCCACCACCGCAAAUUCCGGCAGCUCACGAAUUGCCUCGCUCACAACUUACUGUUCAUAAUAAUUCAGCGAUGGAUAAAGUGCAUCACCAAUACCAAAUGCAAUUAAAACUCCGCGAACAAGAGAACAAGAAGCGGUUGAUGAUGGCAAGGCAAGAACAAAACGACAGGGCGCCAGCUUCAUUAGUGGACAUGGGGUACCUGAGUGCGCAAAGAGACUUAAUGCUGUUAGAGCAGCAGAACAAGAAGCGGUUGAUGAUGGAAAGGCAAGAACAAAACGACAUGGCGCCAGUUUCAUUAGUGGACAUGGAGUACCCGAGUGCGCAAAUAGAAUUAGGGCUAUUGGAGCAGCAGAACAAGAAGCGGUUGUUAAUGGUGGCACGUUCUUCUACAGACGCUGAACCACCGCGUACUUUAGCAGCUUCUCCAGGGCACAGUGAACCAAUUCUAACUGUUAAUAAUUCAUUGGACACUGCAACUCACCAGGUGGCAUCACCGAAUGCAGCGCGACGGGACUACGGAAUGCAGUUAAUGCGUUUCCGGGAGCAGCAGAAUAAGAAGCGAUUGAUGAUGGCAAGACGAGAAUAAGAAGAUAUGUUCUCAUCACCUACUACGAAUCUUGAGUCAAACAAUAAGUCCCAACCUAGGAGAAUGUCAAACGGUAGCAGGAUCGAUAAUGACAUGUUGUCAGCCAUAUCAAAAGGGAAAAAGCAAGGGGAAAAGCAAGUCAGCUUCCCGCCUUCACACUGGACGAUAUUCGACCACCAAAGGAACCCCGGGGAGGCUAAUGCAAGUUCUAUGGAGGAGCAGAGCAAGAAAUUACUAAUGAAUGGAAGACAAGCACAAAUAUAAGAUGCUAUAGACCUCCAGUAAUCUCCACUCAAGGAAAUUUGAAGGGAAGACUUAUUCGAGUCCUAGAUGUAAUUGCUCAUAGAGGUACAGCAUGAUAAAAUUAAAAAAAAAGGCUGAAAAUCAUAAGGCAAAAACAAGACAUGUUGCUGAUACCCACGACGGACCCUUUGUCUCAAUGGGAAAACAAAUCAUGCCGAGAGUGUGAAGACUUGCAGUACGCGACACCGUAUUUAGCCCCUCAUCAGAACCGAUGCGAUUGUGUAUUAAU